GCUCUCCGUACUUAUCUGCAAUGGGAGGCGUUGCUUUGUUUGUAGUGGAGGGACUUUCAUUCGCUCUGUCUGCAACUUCAGUGUACUGGGUGGUCGCCGUUGUGGAAUAUUAUGGCACAGAACUACCAAAACGUUACCAUCUCCUUAACACUACCGAUUUCUUGCCAGAUUUGCCUCGGAAAGGUUCGACAACCGGUGGUCUGCUGCAAUCACCAUGUGUUCUGCUCUGUCUGCAUGGACGUGUGGCUCAGCGUGGCCAGCCAAUGCCCUACCUGUAGGGUGCCCAUCACGCCUGACAACCCCUGCAGGGAGAUCAUAGGGGCGACAAAUGAAAGUGAUGUUCCUGAAAGCCCCACCAUGAAGAGACGUCUCAGGAAGAGCAGGGGAGAGCUGCUGCUGAAGGAGUAUGAGGAUGAAAUUGAGAGCCUGGAGAGGGAAAAUGAGCAGCUGCGAAACAAAAACCGCGCCGCUGAGACGCAACUCGAAACGAUCUUGGAGCCCCGCGCCGUAUCGGUGUCCCACGACGAGGACCGGGGCCUCGACCCCACUGAGCUGGAGGAGUGGGCCGGCAAGCUGCGAGCGGCCACCGACCUCUAUGAGAAGGUCAAACAGGAUGUGGAGAAGCUGAGAGAGGCGAACAAAACCUUGCGAGCCCAGAACGUGGACCUUGUCCAGGAGAACAUGCGCUUGAAGGCUGAGGUGGAGAGCCGCUCUCCACAGAAGUAUGGCAGGUACACAGUGGCUGCUCUUGAGGCGAAGGUCCAGCAGCUUGAGCGUGACGUGGCUCAUCUGAAGAGAGCCCUGGAGCGUAGCGACCACUUCAUCGAAGAGCUGGAGGCGCAGAGGGACCAGGUGGCGGACCCCAGCACAGAUGCCCCCGGGCCCAGGGAGGACCCCCGUUCCGAGUGCACUCACACCGGGGAGAGCGAGGCGGGUCGUCGGCCCCAUGGCGAUCGGAUCACCGCCAUGAGGAGGAGCUUGAGUGAGAUGGAGGAGACGUCCGUGCACACCGACUUGGGCGGGGCGACGUCUGCUUUCGGCGGCAACCAGGGCCUCCUGCUGACGACGUCCGAGCGACUGCUCAGAGACACCGCCAGUCCCCACAAAGUGGGUGGGGAUGUCGGAGGAUGCGUUGAUGGCUGUCUGUCUUCUGCUGGCUUUGUCAGCCCAAGCACACCCUCCUCAGCUCUUCGCAGCCUAAGCCUGAGAAGCCCAUUGGUGCAGAGCGAGGGGAGGGCGGGGCGUGGAUGUGACCAGGGCCGUGGCCCCCUCUCUUACCUGCGCAGGCUAAGCUUCGAUGGGUGUGGCCCUAGUGUGGCCCCCACGGCCUCUGAGCAAAAACCUGCAGCUUCCAAAAACAACCUGCGGGAGGCGCCGUGGAUGACCAAACAGUCCUUUAGGGGAGCAAACGGCACUGUUGAAUCUCCAAAUGUCACUCACAAUGUCACAGAUACCCUAGGUGCCUCCAGUGAAGCCUGUAUGGACGCGGCGUACCAGGACAAGAUGAGUGAACUGGACUCUCUGAUCUCUGACGAUGAAGGCCCAAGUGGCACGGGCUCUCGUUUGACUGUGUCCACUGCAGGGCACAGCAGUGGCCAGCUGACCACUGGCACAGAGUGUGAAUUGGGCAUAUUAGAUCAGACUGACACCACUGGGAGAGAUGCCACCUUGAGGCUGGGGGCUGACGCACAGGAGAGUGGGCAGAGAUUACUAGAGAGAGCCGAGGUGAUCCCUAUGACCUCUGUCGAGAUAAGGUCAUCAUUACCCUCAUCAGAGAUGGCAGCCGAGGUCGUUCAGGUGACCAAACGCAGGUGUCCCAGCGGCCCUCUCACUUCCAGUCCCUCCAAACUGUCCAAACACAACUGAAUGCCCCUCUUCCCUCCUGACGUCCAGUGGUGAAUGUGCUCCUCUGAAAGAAGAGCCUGAGAAAGCCUCUAGGCUUUUGAUCACGCUCAGCUAUGAACCUAAAUCUAGCUUUCAGUAGUCAGUCUGCCUUUAUAGUGAAACUUAAAAGUAAGUCUGUGCCUAAGAAACAUGGCUGGAUAUUUGUGUUUAAAGGUCUUGAGCGGAGAUGGAAUGGAGUGGGCUCUGUUUAAGGUCACAGUGUUUCACAUAUGCUACGGAUCAUGCAGAUAUUUUGUGUGAGGAUCUUCGAGGUUCCUGUUGCCAAUUUUGAAAGCUUAGCUGGUAGCCGAGAUUGAAUGAUGGAUGGUUUAAACCCAUUUUAAAUGAGUGUUUAGACAGUCAUGAUCAAUACAAUCUUUUUGUUCUUUACUGAUGUCAGAUGUUUUUUUUUUAAUGUUUUUGUACCGAGUGACAUUUCAGCACCAGUCUACCCAUAACCAUGCUUUAUUGUAAGCUGAAUAUUUUUUUAAUGAAACAAGAAAAAUAAAAGCACUAAAUGCUGA